GCACCCGCCGCUCCUCAUCGCCGCUAUCGGCGUUCGGCGCAUCGACUGCUCUGGGAGCGGCUUUGCCGCCUGUGCUACGUCUCGGCAGGGCGGGAAGUGCAGGCCGCCAUCGAGAGCGGAGACCGGACAGGAGAGGGGAGGCAGUUCGCAGGUGCCGCCGAGAAUGGACAUCAGGCCGAACCACACCAUCUACAUCAACAAUAUCAAUGACAAGAUCAAGAAGGAAGAGCUGAAGAGGUCCCUGUACGCGUUGUUCUCACAGUUUGGUCAUGUGGUUGACAUUGUGGCUUUAAAAACCAUGAAGAUGAGAGGACAGGCAUUUGUUAUAUUUAAAGAACUUGGAUCAUCUACCAAUGCUUUGAGACAGCUACAAGGCUUUCCGUUUUAUGGGAAACCAAUGCGUAUUCAGUAUGCAAAAACAGACUCCGAUAUCAUCUCUAAAAUGCGUGGGACUUUUGCUGAUAAGGAAAAAAGAAAGGAAAAGAAGAAAGCCAAAACUCUGGAACAGUCAGCAAACACACCAAAUAAAAAGGUUAUCCAGGGAGCAACACAGAAUUCAGCCAGUGCCCCAGGGACUACACCACAGAAUCAGGUGCUUGAUAACCCACCAAACUAUAUCCUUUUCCUUAAUAAUUUGCCUGAGGAAACAAAUGAGAUGAUGCUGUCCAUGUUAUUUAAUCAGUUUCCCGGAUUCAAAGAAGUACGCUUAGUGCCAGGGCGCCAUGACAUUGCAUUUGUGGAGUUUGAAAACGAGAACCAAGCAGGGGCUGCUCGCGACGCUCUCCAAGGAUUCAAGAUCACUCCAUCUCAUGCCAUGAAAAUCACUUAUGCGAAGAAAUAGCUAUAUGCUCCUGUAAAGGAGUUCUGUGGAUAGGUGUUUUUUUUAAAACUCUGGUCAGCUAGCAUGUUUGCUGUUCUCUGCAGAAAACAUAAGACUCGAAUAGAAUUGCCACAAUGACUAGGGCACAUGUAAAAUUUUCACAGAUCACCCGGAUAGGAACUUUUUCUGUUGAAAUACUAAUUUUUAUAAAAUAAAAUAUAGAUAUGCUGGUUUUGACCCAUGUUCUUUCCUCAAGUCUGUCUCAUUAUUGAUUAGCCUUGCAGUUUAAGAGCUUUUAAAGUGACCCUUAUUUCUCAGAAGUGAGUGCUAAAAAUAGCUUUCUUUCCAGAGCAAAAGUAUGGUCAGGGAUGCUGAAUGCCAGCAUAUUCAGAGUAAAUACAGCAUUCAACCUCAGUAUCAAGGGGACAGCUGUUUUUCACUUAGGAAAUACAACUUAUCAUUAGUGGUUUUUCUCCGCAGGUAUAGUUAGAAAUUCAUUACAGUUUGGCAGUAGUGCAAUUCAACUUGGUUUUGUCUUGGUGGCUGGCAGUAGAAGCAAGUCCUGAGAGGAAACAUAAAAGCUUCAGAUUUUUAGCCAGACUUUUCCAAAAUAUAUGUCCUAAUCCUUCUGGGUUUCUCAAGGUUUGAUUUAUUUUAUUUUUUAUCAUUUGUUAAAAACUGUAGGUUUGUGUGACAUGAAAUACAUUGGAUGCAGUGAAGUAAUCAGAUACAGUAUUGUGAGUUGUAACUGUUCUAAAUAUUUCAGAAAAAAAUCACUUUAAAAAGUUGUAGUGUUUUGUAUCUGCAACAUAAGCCACCUUUAUUUGCACAAGAUACAGAAAAUUGAAGUUUCACCUGCUCCCACAGUACAUUGCAAAAUUAUGUCUCUUUCACAGUCAUUUCAAUUAUCGUCCUAUCUCCAUUUAUGUACUUUUUCCAUUCUUUUUGGUGAUUUUGUGUAUGUUCAAUUUCACAGGUAUUUUAGUACUUGCAAAUGAAAAUCAUUCCAAUGUGCCUGUAAGAGCAAAAAAUGACAGUUAUUCCAUCAUACCCUUGGAUUUUUCCUCCUGCAGUCAUAAAUUUAUAGAUAAUAAUUAUGCUGUCAUUUCCUCCCACUAGUUUGUGUGCACAUGACUACCAUUGCUUUUCACUUUUAUUCACUUUAAGGGUUUGGAGCCUGACUGCUGUACUGUUGUAAAGGGAACCGUUUAAGUCAGCCUGUGGCACUGUUUAGUGUCUGGGACCUACAAACCCUCAACGGAGUUCAUCUAGGUAAUGAAAACUGAGAUGGUUGCUGUCCUGCCAUGACCUGUGUUUUGCUCUGACUGCACCUGUGGAAGGGAUCUUGCCUGUACAAGUAUGCAGUGCUUGAGUUCUUAGAUUUUAAAUUGUAAUUAGUGACUUGAAAAGCCUUUUUACUGCCUUGCAGCUCCCUAAUCAGUUACAUUUUGUCCAUCUGCUGUCAUCCCAGUGGGUCCUUUCUGUAGACAGGAACAGGGGAAUCUCUGCCACUGAGGAUUUUUGGUCCACGGAAGAUUGUGCUUUUUAGUGAGCAUUUGUGAAAAUUUAGGACAGGAGGAUUUAGAAGGAUAUAAUUUCAUUUCCUUCUUACCAGGGUCUGACUUAAUUUUCAUUCUCAGACAUUGCUUGAAGUACGAUUAAGGCUAUGGACAGCUCUAGGAGGGCUUAGAGUGUUUAAAUAAUACAGUUGCAGAUUAAAAUUCUAAUACAGAGUGGUUUUGGGAGGGGAUUCAGCUUUAUGAGUCAGCCCUGAGGUUUUGCCCCUGUCUAUAGCUCCUCUGGUGGGAUGGAAUGUUGCCACAGCCCCUAUAUAUUAGCCUGGUGUAUUUGUCCAGGUGUCUGCCUCUUCCAUAAAAGAUGGGGAUUGCUGGACCUGGCACACACUCAGCAAGUACUGCAACAAAGAAAAGUGACACUAAGUGUUUAUUUGAUGAUUUUACUUUUGUGUCUCAGAUUAAUGUGUCCUCUCACAACUUGAAUUUUUAUGGAGAAGCUUACCAGCAAGAAGCUGUGUACUGAUGAUGACUGUGUCUGUAAGUAAAUUUGCUUUAACUUUGAGGACAAAAGAGUUUUAAAAAUAGUGGUGGAAUUGAAGGGAAAACUACUUUGCUUGUUUAGCUCUGUCAUAUAUUUUUCUGGUCAACUGCCUAUGUAGAAUGUUUGUCUUGGUUCAGGGCAAAUUUGGGAGAGAACUCCGAAAGGGGCUUCUCUAGAAAAGCAGAUUCAAUUGGCCCCUCCCUGCAACUGGUUCAGGAGAAGAUAGCUCCUUGGAGAAAAAUGGAAAAAAACCUGAUCAUUAAACAAUAAAACCUAAACAAUAUUAAUAAAACGUCUUGCUGCUCCAAAAAGAGACAGAAAAGUCCCCUCCCUUGGUUGCAGCUUGGCUCACUCAGUCUCAUAUCAGUCCCUCUGGCACUGGAAAUGCCGCGGCCCAGGCCUGGCCCAGUGGACCACAGGUGCAAGCUGCUGGUGCUCUUCUGGGUGUUCAGUCCAGAGCAGGUUUCAACAUGUCCAAAGAAAAGGAAAAAAACCACAGUCCAGAAAACUUCUUUGCCUCAACUAGCAAAAACUAACUAAAAGCAAAGGAGACCUCUGUUCCGCUGUCUCUGUAGACAACACAGUCCAGAAGCAGAAAUGUGGAGGAGUGAGUGCAGUGUCUGAAAACAAACUGCACGCUUCUCUCCCCUCUUCACUCUCUAAAACAAGUCUUAAAGGUGCAAAACUUAUUAUUCACCAUAAACAGAACAAGACGAUUGGGGAUAAUAAACCUAUGUUUUGUCCUAUCACAACAGACCUUGCUAAAAAGUUUGUCCCCAUCUUUCUUAUAAGCCCCUUUCAAGUAUCGAAGGGCUGCUGUAUGGUCUUAAUGUGUCCAUAUUAGACAGGCUGUGUGGUGGGAUUGAAAGCUGUGAGUACUGAGAUAGCACCUGUGGCAGUAUGUGUUUGCAAACAACAGACAAAAUACAUUCAAUUUCCCUGUGGCUAUGAAUAAAAAUUAUGAGGUGAGAUUUA